GCAGGAACACGGCACACAUCGGAAAAUGCAGAAUUGAUUUUACUCGGAACGGUCGAUCCUGCAGCAGUGAGUAGUGAAGAAAAAUUUUCCUGUCCCAGUGUAGCCGAAAUCUGGAGGAGAAUUCGUACAAACGGGACCGGAAGCGGAAAGGUAUCGAUCGUGAUCGAGUAGAACGGGCUAGGACGGGUAGAAAAUUAGGAUUUCGCUGCCAAAAAAAAGUCUCGCGAAGCUCUGCAGAAGGAGGAAAAAAAGCGCAAGGGAUCCUCCAGAACGUUUCGCGAAGUGAGGAAAAAUUCUUCCAAGCAGUACAAGUUCUUCACGGUGGAUGAGAGCUAUAAACGUAACUUAAUCGGUUGUGCAGUGUAAAGUUGGCUUUACUUGGAUAGGAUCAUUGCUGGGAAAAGUGAAAAGUGCGAAAAGGAUCCGCAGAAUCGAAUAGAAAAAAGAUCCAGGGAAAAUUAUCAAAUUUUCAAAGAAUUUUCCCAUUCCCAGCACACAACGGCGGGGUGUGAGAGUGUAUGUGUGAAAAUCUGCGACAGUGUGAGUGAGUGUGUCCUACAAAAUAAGUAUAUGCUGCCGUGUUCGAGUCCUUUCCGUUUGAAUUGGGCUGAUUUGUCUGUGUGGCGAAGGCAAACCAGCAGCAGCAGCAGCAGCAAAGAGCACGAGAGCAGAAAGGUUAUGUGCUAAUAAAAUAGGAGCAAUCGGGUGCCCUCGAGUUGUGGGAAGCACGGGGGAAGAUACCAAAUAGAGAGGAAAAAAUAUCAGAAAAGUGGCAGCCGCACCAGAAGAACGCAGCACCUUAGGAGAGCGAGUAAAGGAUUAAGAAUUAAUUUCCGUUGGCCGCUCGCCAGCAGCAGGAGGAUAUUUUGAGUCCGACCAUCGACGGCAGGGGCAGCUGGCCUGGAGCUUAGCAAAAACGUGCGGAAUUCCAAAUUGCUGGUGUUGAUGACAAUAAUAAUCGCCAUGACAGGAGCCACCUCUACCGUUCUCUUCAUCAGCUAUGGAUCAAAUUAGUUCAGUGGAACGGCACCGGAUAACUUGUAUCGACUUCGUUUCAUCUCCAGUAGCAGUGGCUGCGUUAACGGCGUGCGGCCUCCAGCUUCUAUCAUCGGCCGCUGGUAGAUGAAUGUAUUUGUGGUUUAAGGUUAGCAGCGGCUCAAGAGGCGGAGCUUCCUGAUAAGGACGGGAAGCAAAUGGGUCCGAAGAAGGGAAAAAAGGGCAGUAGUCCGAGGCAUCGAACGGGUCCGCCUCCACCCGGACCGUCAUCGCUGUUCAUUUUUGCAGAGGAUAAUUUCAUUAGGAGAGCAACGAAAUUCAUCAUAGAAUGGCCGCCUUUCGAGUACGCCGUACUGUUGACAAUCAUCGCAAACUGUGUCGUGCUGGCGCUGGAGGAACAUCUGCCCCACGGAGACAAAACGGUGCUGGCCCAGAAGCUGGAACUGACCGAGAGCUACUUCCUGUGCAUCUUCACGGUCGAGGCCGCACUCAAAAUUGUCGCCCUCGGGCUGGUGCUGCAUACCGAUUCCUACCUGCGCAACAUCUGGAACAUGAUGGAUUUUUUUGUGGUGUUCACGGGGCUCAUCACGUUGCUCCCUCUUCCGCUCGAUAUAGAUCUCAGAACGUUAAGGUCGAUUCGUGUGUUACGACCUUUGAAAUUAGUUUCUGGAGUUCCUAGUCUACAAGUCGUGCUGAAGUCCAUCAUCAAAGCCAUGGCACCAUUGCUCCAGAUCGGACUCUUAGUCUUGUUUGCAAUCGUUAUAUUCGCAAUUAUAGGAUUAGAAUUUUACUCGGGUGCUUUGCACAAAAGUUGUUAUAGCUUAGAAAAUGCCUUUGAAAUUAUUGAGGAAGGUGACCUGCCGACGCCUUGUUACGACGACGACGACACGAUGAACGUCGAACUGCCAGCCGGAGUGCACCUGUGCAAUCACAACGAGAGUGCGUGCAUCGAGCAGUGGGAGGGUCCCAACUAUGGCAUCACGAACUUCGACAACAUCGGCUUCGCUAUGUUGACCGUGUUCCAGUGCAUCACGAUGGAGGGUUGGACGUCAACUAUGUAUUGGACCAAUGACGCUUUAGGCUCAACAUUCAAUUGGAUAUAUUUUGUGCCUUUGAUUAUAAUUGGUUCGUUUUUUAUGCUCAACUUAGUUCUCGGUGUCCUCAGCGGUGAAUUUGCCCGAGAGCGAGAGAAGGUCGAAAACCGUCAGGAGUUUCUGAAGCUCCGCCGGCAACAGCAGCUGGAAAAGGAGCUGAAUGGCUUCGUCGAAUGGAUCUGUAAGGCGGAGGAGAUCAUCCUGGCAGAGGACCGAACCACCGAAGAGGAACGUAUGUACAUAAUAGAAGCCCGCAAGAAGGCAGCCGCCAAGCGGAAAAAGCUGAAAAACCUCGGUAAAUCCAAGUCUUCGGAAACGGAUGACGAAGAAGCCACCACCGAAUCGGGCGACGAAGGCAUUCUGAAGAAGGAGAAGAAACCGGCCAAGUCCGGUUUCUGGCGGGCGGAGAAGCGGUUCCGCUACGGCAUCCGACACACGGUCAAAACGCAAUGGUUCUACUGGUUCGUGAUAGUGCUGGUGUUUUUGAACACCAUCUGUGUGGCAGUCGAACACUACGGGCAACCGAACUGGUUGUCGUUAUUUCUAUACUACGCCGAAUUUGCGUUCCUAGGCUUGUUCAUGUGCGAAAUGUUGGUCAAAAUGUACGCGCUCGGCCCUCGCAUCUACUUCGAGUCGGCCUUCAACCGGUUCGAUUGCAUUGUUAUCGCUGGUUCAAUCUUCGAGGUGGUUUGGUCCGCCUACAAAGAGGGUUCCUUCGGUAUUUCCGUGCUGCGAGCCCUCCGGUUGCUGCGCAUCUUCAAGGUCACCAAGUAUUGGUCCUCGCUCCGUAACUUGGUCAUCUCUUUACUCAGUUCGAUGCGUUCGAUUAUCUCGUUGCUGUUUUUGCUCUUUCUGUUCAUACUGAUAUUCGCACUGCUUGGAAUGCAGCUGUUCGGGGGACAGUUCAUCCUACCCGAGGGCACACCACCGACUAACUUUAACACAUUCACCAUCGCACUGCUCACGGUGUUCCAGAUCCUCACCGGGGAGGACUGGAACGAGGUCAUGUAUCUCGGGAUAAACUCACAGGGCGGACACGAAAGUGGGAUGAUCUAUUCGCUGUACUUCAUCAUCUUGACACUGUUCGGGAAUUACACCCUGCUGAACGUAUUCUUGGCUAUCGCUGUCGACAAUUUGGCGAACGCACAAGAACUAACCGCAGCAGAAGAGCAGCAGCAGGAACGAGACAAGGAGAAACAGCAGAUGGAACUGGAGAAGGAGAUGGAAGCACUGCAAAAGGCAAAAGAUGGCACACCGACAACGGAGGAAGCGGAAGCAGAGAAGGAGAAAGAAAACAAGAAGAAUGAGAACAAGAAUGAAGAGGAUGAUGAAGAAGGAGGGGAAGGACCUAAACCGAUGCUGCCGUACUCUUGCAUGUUCGUGUUUUCAUCGACGAAUCCAAUGCGUCGAGCAGCCCAUUGGGCUGUCAACCUGCGGUACUUCGAUUUCUUCAUCAUGAUCGUCAUUUCGCUGUCCUCCAUUGCACUGGCUGCUGAAGAUCCGGUUCAGGAGGACGCUCCCCGAAACAUCGUGCUCAACAAUCUGGAUUAUGCCUUCACAUGCGUCUUCACGAUCGAACUGUUACUCAAGGUCGUCGAUUUGGGUGUUAUUCUCCACCCGGGGAGCUACCUGCGCGAGAUUUGGAACAUCAUGGACGCCGUCGUGGUGGGCUGUGCCGUCAUCAGUAUCGGGUUCGACAUCAGCGGCAGUGAUGCCGGCGCGGACCUGUCAACAAUCAAAUCACUGCGAGUGCUGCGAGUGCUACGUCCACUGAAAACAAUCAAACGAGUGCCGAAACUGAAAGCGGUGUUCGAUUGCGUCGUCGGAUCUCUGAAGAACGUCAUCAACAUUCUGAUCGUGUACAUUCUGUUUCAGUUCAUCUUUGCCGUCAUUGCGGUGCAGCUGUUCAACGGCAAGUUCUUCUACUGUAGCGACGAUAGCAAACACAAUAGCGUUGACUGCCAAGGUUCAUACUUCGUGUUCGACGAAGUGGAUGGAAUGCCAAAAAAGGCCGAUCGGGAAUGGAAGACACAGUAUUUCCACUACGACAACGUGGCUACCGCUAUGCUUACGUUGUUCGCAGUGCAGACCGGAGAGGGAUGGCCACAAGUUCUUCAAAACUCAAUGGCAGCUACCUACGAGGAUCGGGGACCAAUUCAAAACUUUCGCAUCGAAAUGUCCAUCUUCUACGUUGUCUACUUUGUGGUGUUUCCGUUCUUCUUCGUGAACAUUUUCGUUGCCUUGAUUAUCAUCACUUUCCAGGAGCAAGGCGAAGCGGAACUGCAGGACGGUGAAAUCGAUAAGAAUCAGAAAUCCUGCAUCGAUUUCACGAUCGGAGCCCGGCCGCUGGAGCGGUACAUCCCAACCAAGCAUUCCGGCUUCAAGUACACCGUGUGGCGAAUCAUCGUAUCGGCGCCGUUCGAGUAUUUCAUCAUGUCACUGAUUGUGUUCAACACCCUACUGCUGAUGUUGAAGUGCCACGACCAGAACAAAAAGCUGGAGAACUUUAUGAAGUAUCUCAACAUGAUUUUCACCGGAAUGUUCAGCGUGGAAACGGUGCUCAAAAUAAUCGGCUUUGGCGCGAGGAAUUUCUUCAAGGAUGCGUGGAACGUGUUCGAUUUGAUCACCGUCAUCGGUAGUAUCGUCGAUGCUCUUAUUCUUCUUCUUUGGGUAAUAGAUUUAGCAUUACAUUCAAAGGUUGUGAAUCACAUUUAUCCAAACCCACAGGAAAAUUCCUUCAACGUCGGAUUCUUGCGUCUGUUCCGUGCGGCCCGUUUGAUUAAGCUGCUCCGUCAGGGUGACACCAUCCGCAUUCUGCUGUGGACCUUUGUUCAAUCCUUUAAAGCACUGCCUUAUGUAUGUUUGCUGAUUGCGAUGCUGUUCUUUAUCUAUGCAAUCAUCGGAAUGCAGGUCUUUGGUAAUAUAGAAUUAGAUCCGGACACUGCCAUCAGUCGUCACAACAAUUUCAGAUCGUUCUUGGACGGUCUGAUGUUACUGUUUAGAUGUGCAACGGGAGAAUCCUGGCCGAACAUCAUGUUGGCAUGUCUCAAAGGACGACCCUGCGACCUCCGCGCAAACAAACCGAACGAAACCUGUGGAUCGACGCUAGCCUACGGAUAUUUUGUAUCCUUCAUCUUUUUCUGUUCGUUCUUGAUGUUGAAUCUGUUCGUCGCUGUCAUCAUGGACAACUUUGACUACCUGACGCGAGACUCCAGUAUUCUGGGUGCGCAUCAUCUGGACGAAUUCGUGAGGAUAUGGGCUGAGUAUGACCCGUCGGCUUCGGGGAAGCUACAUUUUACAGAAAUGUUCGACAUGUUGAAAAACAUGGCACCACCGCUUGGUUUUGGGAACAAAUGUCCGAAUAGACUUGCCUACAAGAAGCUUACCCGGAUGAACAUGCCUCUCGAUGAGGAGGGACGAGUCAGUUUUACCACGACACUGUUUGCGUUAAUUCGGGAAAAUCUGAGCAUCAAGAUGCGACCUGCGGAAGAAAUGGAUCAAGCUGAUUCGGAACUACGUGGAACGAUCAAGCAAAUUUGGCCGAUCCAGGCGAAGAAGAUGAUCGACCUGUUGGUACCUCCGAAGGAUAUGCUAAACACGGGGAAGAUGACGGUCGGGAAGAUCUACGCUGGAAUACUGCUGCUGGAGACGUGGCGAAACAACAAGUGUGUGCAGCUGGAAUGUGAUGCGCCAGAUUUGCAGGACAGGAAAAGUCACGAGAUUCAGGAAGCCUACAUCGAUGAUGGUCAUCUGCACCCCGGUCACGACCCGCGCGGUGCCCAUCGGCGGUCACCUAGCAUACAACGUGGUUCCGCGCUGGAUCGAUCACCUAGUCCAAGGCACCUGCACCACGACAUUGGCUUCUCGGAGACGGUGUCCAACGUGGUGGAAAUUGCACGUAGGGAUCACCUAAUUGGUAGGCACCACUAUGGGCGCUAUAGAUAUGAUAGAGGUUCCUGGUCCGUAGCCACCAGUCCGGCCCGUUCGCCGUCACCCACGCGGCUGGACACGCAGAUCAGUGCGCACCAUCGGUACAACCGAAGGAUACACCCGUACGGAACGACCAGUCUGUGCCAGCGGUCGCGAUCACCCAGUCCGGCUCGACUGCAGGAGCUUAGGGAAAGAGAACGCGAACGCUACCGGGAGGAAGUUGUGUCCCGCCCGUACAUCCAGCACACCUAUCCAGUAUUACAAUCACACAGAGAUUUCGGAAGAAGACUGCCACCAAGACCAAUAAAACCAACAACACUACAGUUAAAGUCUACUAAUAUUAAUUUCCCGCGGUUAAACACUAGUCCUACGCAUCAGCAGCAAAGUCUUCAUCUAUCGCUAAACACUCACUCGCUGCCAUACGGUGUUCAUUCGUUGCCCAACUCGCGAGGUGAGAUUUCGCGCGAUCCACGCAUCUACCAUCACACGGAAAGCGAACGGGAUCGGGAACGGGAACGGUUGCGGGAGCGUGAACGGGACUACGGAUCUCGGUACGUGUUCCGGGAUACCGAGCGGGAGCUGUUCGAGAUCGAGCGAGAGCUGGAGCGGGCGCGGGACUCCGCCCGGGACACCGAUUACGAGAGGGUGGAACCCCUAUCGUACGAGCACCUGUACAAUCUGGGCCGCACCGGCGGUAGUGCGUUCGGUUCGUCGGCCCUCAACGGAUUCAAACCCAAGGUGGGAAUGCACUCAAUCUAUUCCGAAUCGGAUGAAGGUGACUGGUGCUAGCACAGGUUUGGGAACGCACAAAUCUCCAGAGCCAACAACACCAACGACGAUACCGUAGUGAAGACCGAUGACGACGAUGACGAUGACCAGAAGACGACCGAACCGUGCGCAUUCAAUCAUCUGAAAGCAACUGAAGCCAACAAUCACUCUGACGACGACGACGACGACGACGACGACGACGACGAUGAUGAUGAUGAUGAUGAUGACAAAAAGGCCUCCAACGAGAGCAGCGAGGGCAAUCCUUGGCCAAAGGCUGCGCAAUCUAGCGAUAGUAGUAGUAAGGUUAGUAAUGAAACUAGUGGUAAUUUCAGUUCUUGUGAAACUCUCGAGAGGAUACUCGCAACCAUCCUCAUCGAGGGACGCAUCCUGGCACCCGUCACCAGCGUUACCGUAGUAAAAACCGAACAACCAUCUGGAACACCAAAAUCUAACGCCAUAUUCGUCCGUGCUGUAGGAUUCAUCGCAAAUAUUAGGAAAUUUUCUUGUAUGUAAUUUCAAGACGCGUUGAAACCGUUUGAGUGUUAAUUUGAACCACUAGAAGGCUUGAGAUUCAAUUAUUUUAGGAUGAAAGAUCUAGUGAGUGUAGGCAGAUAUUAAGCUAAAAAAAAUCUUGAAAAUGAUCCAUCCAAGUAAGGCCAUAAGAAAAUCGUAAACGGGCGAAACAAAAAUCAAUGAGAAACAGUAGGAAUCUCGUACGAAAACUGCGAAAGAGCAAUAUUCAUUAGUUGAAGGACCUAGCCUGGUGUGACGUGGAAACACAGUCGGAAAUAUUUUAGUAUAAGUAACUUUUCUCGUCAAAUUCUUUAAUUUCAAGUCAAUACGUAUUCAUUCAUUUCAGAAAAA